CUAAUUUUUAAGGAUACUAGAAAGAAGAAAAGAGGACCUGGGCGCUUGAAAAAUGGGUAGCAGACAAGUGUCCAUCAGACGGGCCACUUCUGCUGGGUACCGGCUUCCAGAUCGAAGUGCAGCAGGGGUGGAAUCACGUUCUACGGUCUCUUUAAACAAGACGUAUCCAGGGGUGCGACAAAAUCCACCACUAGAUACCAAGGACAAGGAGAAACAGAUCUGGGGGGGUAAUGUCAGACAAGACCAUAUCUGGAGAGAACAAGUGGAAUCUGAGAAGAGAGGAGAGAAACGCUGGGAGGAAACCUGGGGUUUUCUCAAGGAAUACGAUUCACAGGGCAAUGAAAAAGUACCAGAAAGUCUACCGGAAGAGGCCCAUAUUUUUUCGGAAAAAAUGCCAAAUACCACCAACCAAUAUAUCGGCAGCAGGCUAAACACCGAGCUGGGUAAAAGUCUGGUUCACAUGGAUUUUCUCCUUACAGGUGGAAAACGGAAGAAAAAACUUGGAAGUGAACUCCUGCCCUGUUAAUAUGGAGACCUGCAGACAUCUUUCCAAUAAAUCAUGUUAAUCAGAUGGAGAACGUUCUAGAACACUGUAUCACGAUAAAAUGACAUUUUCUUGAUGUACUUUCAAGAAGCAUGGAAUC